GCCUCUUCCAUCCAUCACAACGCACACACCGAGUAAUUCAGUGGGUGAGUGACAGAUUGAACAAUGGGAGGGCGCAGCAAGAAGCAUGGUGGGCAGCGCGGCGAGGGCGACGAGGAGAACCCGGCGGCGGAGGGGGGCAGCGCGCUGCCGAUGGCCAACGUCGUGCGCCUGAUGAGGCGGGUGCUGCCGUCGAACGUCAAGAUCGCCGAGUCCGCGAAGCAGCUAACCCACGACUGCGCGGUCGAGUUCGUCGGCUUUGUCCGCGGCGAGGCGUCCGAGCGGGCCAGGUCGGAGUACCGCCGCACCGUCGCGCCGGAGGACUUCACCUGGUCUUGCCAGAGCCUUGGGUUCGACAGCUACGUCCAGCCCAUGCAGACCUACCUCCGCGGCUACCGCGAGUACGACACCGCCCGUGGCAGGAGCACCCGCGGGGCGCGCGCUCCUGCGCCGCCGGCAAUGACAUCGUUCGCGUCGCCCGGAGAGCCAGUGACAGUCACCAAGGAGGAGCUGGAGUUCCUGCGGUCGGUAAUCCCUCCGCCGCCGGGCGGAUAUUAGCGGUACGGCUGGCAAACUCGUCGGCCACAGGCGCAGGCGCUGCUAUAAAUGUAGCGUUGUCUUGCUUGAAGAAAAUCCCGAUGUAUCCAUAAGUCAAUAAUAACAUCUUCAGAGCUGUCCCUGCAGUGUGCGAA